AUGUUGAUUAAAGAAACAUAUCACGAUGUCAGGACCUCAUUUGACACUACGAUGAGAAUCUUUGUCUAUCACCCUAAGAUCCCAAACUACCCAAAUGUGAGAUAUCCAGGUGUUAUUGUUUAUAGUGAAAUAUAUCAGGUUACUGGACCAGUUUCGAGGUUUGCUAAAGACAUUGCUGGCCAAGGGUAUAUAGUAGUCUGUCCACUGAUUUACCACAACUUUGAAAGUUAUGAGGCAUUAUCUUACGACGUGGAAGGAACUGAUAAGGGUAAUAAGUACAAGGUGACAAAACCAUUGGAAUCCUAUGAUGAAGACAACCGUCUAUGCAUAGAUUACCUUUUGUCUCUUAAGACUUGCAAUGGCAAAAUUGGUGCUACUGGAAUGUGCCUUGGAGGACACUUAGCCUUUAGAGCCUCUCUAGACCCUAGGGUACUGGCCGCCGUAUGUUUUUUUGCUACUGAUAUUCACAACCACGCACUUGGUAAGGGCCAGAAUGAUGACUCAUUGAAGAGAUGCGGAGAGAUAAAGGGAGAAAUCAUUAUGAUCUUCGGCUGUAAAGACAAUCAUGUUCCCUUGGAAGGCAGAGACUUGAUUAGAGGAACUUUGAGAAAGAAGAAUGUUGAAAUGACAUUCAUAGAAAUCAAUGAUGCCCAGCAUGCUUUCGUGAGGGACGAGAUGAGCAAAGGAAGAUAUGAUCCGGCAACUACUCAGUUGUGUAAUCAAUGGCUCCUAGAGUUGUUCACUAGAAAAUUGAAAUUGGAUUACGGCAGUCAUGACGGUCAGUCUUUUCCCAUUGAAGAUGUAUGUUAA